UAAAUAUUGAUUACUGGUGAGAAAGCAGGUCAUGGCAACCCGGUGAAAUGAAACCGAAACUUAUCGGUCCACAACAACGUUCACGUCGCACAGAAAACCUUUGAACACCCGACCAGUUUGACACUGUUUGCUUUUGGCCCAUAUUCUUGAGAAAUGGACUCCUCAAUGACCACAGAUGCCCAUGGAGUCAGAGUGAUCACCCAGAUCAUCCCUCUGUUGAGUCCAGAGCCUGCCCAGUGUCCCAGUGAGAGGAAAGACAACAAGACUAAAGUACCUGAAGCACCGUACAUGACCAGGAUGUUCCUGAAGGGAGAGCCUGUAGCAUUAGGGACUGUCCAGAUCUUGAUUGGGAUCGUAAUGAUAGCUUUGGGAACAGUUACUUGGUUCACACAAACACUGUAUGGUGAAAUCCCUCUGGGCCUUGGACUAUCAUUUAUCUUCUCUGGAUCUGUAACCUUGGGUGCACACAAGGGAACCUGUCCUCCACUUAUUAAAAGCACAAUUGGCCUGAACAUCAUCAGUGCUCUGCUGGCCAUGUCCGGCAUCUGCUACUUCUGCUUUGCACUUGCCAUAAAACCUAACCUGAGUACCUGUGGCACUGAGCAGAGUGAGUCUGGCUACUAUGGCUACUAUAACUGCAGAUUUAUGGCUGAGAGUCUGCAGAAUUUAAUAAGUGGAAUAAAGGGCAUACUGUUGGUUUUGUCCGUGCUGGAGGUGUGCGUGUGUAUGACGACUAUUGUCUUUUCCUGCAAGGCCAGCGUACAAGCAUCUGGGACCAAAAUGGCGGUGGUGCUGAAGGGAAAAUGCAGCAGCCAGGAAGCUCUGCUAAACAGAGACAUGGCUUUACCUCCAACCUAUGAGCCUUGAGUGACCCCAUCGCAUGAAAGCACGUUAUGGUUUAGAGUGUAGUAUCACUUAGUUUAGAGUAGUACUUUUGCAGCUUUUUGGACACUAAUGUACGAGUCACAGAUAUAAUAAACUGAUAUUACACUUACAUCUCAUGUAUUCUGCUUUUGACAUUGCACCUUUGCACAAACGUGUAUAACCUUUGAAACUACUUGCAGUUAUUCUGCAUGCAUGUAUUCUUCAAUAAAUCCUAAAGUGCA